GAGCCCUCAUUUAGGUUCUUUCUCAACUGCACUUGUUUUAACUUUCGUUUUCCAAGAUUUAUUUAUACUAAUACAGUACCUUUAUCUUUAUUAUAUUCAUUCACAACAAAAAAUAUAUAUCUAUAUAUGCAAUCGCAAGAGUGUCUCAGCGCUGGGGCGUUACAGUGGUAAAAUCGGCAACUGUUAUUGCGCCGAUUGGAUUCUUAAAUUUCUUUUCAACAUGGAAAUUGAUUCAGCUUCUCCUCCUCCUCCUCCCUCUGAAUCCAAUACCCCUUUUUUCUCUCCACAAGAUCGUGUUCUCAGGAGGCUUGCCCUGAUAAAAGUUCCUGAGAAGAACCUUGAGCAACUGCAGUGUGGGUUAAUAGCAUAUGUUAAAGAAUAUGAUUUUCGGUUACAAGAAAUCGUGAAUGCAGUUUUGCCAACUGAUACUGAAAUGGAGAGUGCUAUGGAAGCACAUGCAAAUCCUAUCAUUGAAGAUAUACUACAUGAAAGUAUGUGUUGGUUGCAGUGGUUAAUGUUUGAAUGUGAUCCUAAGGACAUGCUACAACGGUUGGCUUUGAUGAAUGUAGGGCAGCGUGGUGUUUGUGGGUCUGUGUGGGGUCAUAAUGAUAUAGCAUACCGGUGUAGAACAUGUGAACAUGACCCCACAUGUGCAAUUUGUGUCCCGUGUUUCCAAAAUGGUAACCACAAGGACCAUGAUUACUCCAUCAUAUACACGGGUGGUGGAUGCUGUGAUUGUGGGGACGUGACAGCAUGGAACCGCAGUGGAUUUUGUUCUAAACAUAAAGGAGCCGAACAAAUACAACCACUUCAAGAAGAUGUUGCAAAGAGUUUAGGCCCUGUUUUAGAUUGUCUUCUUGGUCGCUGGAAAAACAAACUAUCAUGUGCGGAGAGUAACCAUCAAAAUGGGCCUUCUUCUGAUGAUACUGCUGCAGAACCAAUAAAGGUUGCAGAUGUGCUAACAUCGGCAGUAGUUGACAUGCUUAUGGAAUUUUGUAAAUGCAGUGAGAGUUUGCUUAGUUUUGUCUCUGGAAGAUUAUGCUCUAUGGAUAGUCUAUUGGAUUUUCUUGUAAGGUCAGAAAAGUUUUUAAGCGUGGAUACUGUCCGUAAGCUUCAGGAAUUCCUUUUGAAACUGCUCAGUGACCCUUUUUUCAAGUAUGAAUUUGCAAAGGCUUUUUUAAAGUAUUAUCCGAUGGUCAUAAAUGAAGCUGUAGAACAGUGUAAAGAUGCUGUUUUCAGGAAGUAUCCACUACUGCCAACAUUUUCUGUCCAAAUCUUAACCGUUCCUACUCUAACUCCCCGUCUCGUUAAAGAAAUGGAUCUUUUAGCCAUGCUGUUUGAAUGUUUGAGCAAUAUAUUCAGUUCCUGUUCUCAAGAAGAUCAUCGAUUACAGGUUUCCAAAUGGGGAAACUUGUAUGAAACAACGCACCGUGUUGUCGAAGAUAUCCGGUUUGUCAUGAGCCACUCUACCAUACCAAAAUACAUAACAUGUGACCGGCGUGACAUUUCAAGAACAUGGAUGAAACUGUUGGCAUUUGUGCAAGGAAUGAGCCCGCAAAAAAGAGAAAUCAAUACUCAUAUUGAAGAAGAAAACGACAACAUGCAUCUGCCUUUUGUCUUGGGACACUCCAUUGCAAAUAUUCAUGCUUUAUUAGUGGCUGGAGCAUUUUCUACGGAAGAUGAGGCAGCUUCCACCAUAAAUAAGCAGGAUAUUGAUGAGCAAGAUGGUGUAAGACAUUCAAAGGUUGGCAGACUAUCUCAAGAAAGCUCUGUUUCUAGUGCGACCGUAAAGGGUUCUUCAUUAGAUUGUGAAAUGAAGAUGGUUGAUGGGGAUACUGAUAGCGUUGCAGUCUUAUCUUCAAUUUCAUGGUUGAUGUUCGAGUGUUUACGGGAAAUUGAAAGCUGGUUGAAAGUUGACAACCCGUUAGGAGGUGUUCCCACUCUCUUAAAUUUAAGAAGAAAUCACUUUUCUGGUAGUAAUUUCUUUCAGUUAAAGAGAACACUUGCUAUGUUUAGAAAGGGAAAAACUAUUGCUGCAGGUUUGGGUGCUCAACAUUUGACCGGGUCAAAUGAUACCAUUUCUGCAGGUUUUGGCGAUCAUCUUAUGGAAGGAGGAGAAUCUACAAACACAUUAGAGGUUUUGAGUUUGGCAGAUUGGCCAGAAAUUCGAUAUGAUGUGAGUACACAGGAUAUAUCAGUACACAUUCCAUUGCACCGUUUACUCUCGUUGGUGUUACAAAGAGCGUUGAAGAGGUGCUACGGUGAAUCUACGCUCCCAGGUUUGAUUGUUGCUUCUGCUGAUUCAUCAACCCAAUAUGGGGAUUUCUUUGGCCAUGUAUUAGGUGGUUGCCACCCAUAUGGUUUCUCUGCUUUUGUCAUGGAACAUCCUCUGCGAAUUAGAGUUUUCUGUAGUGAAGUUCAUGCUGGAAUGUGGCGGAAAAACGGAGAUGCUGCAAUAUUAUCUUAUGAGUGGUAUCGUUCUGUUCGCUGGUCUGAGCAGGGCUUGGAACUUGAUUUAUUUCUUCUACAGUGCUGUGCUGCAUUAGCUCCAGCAGAUCUUUAUAUUGUUAGAAUUCUCGAACGUUUUGGUCUCUCAAGCUAUCUUUCAUUGGAUCUGGAAAGAGCUAAUGAGUAUGAAGCAGUUUUAAUGCAGGAGAUGCUAAAUCUCAUCAUACAGAUAGUUAAAGAAAGGCGAUUCUGUGGGUUAACUACAGCUCAAUGUCUACAACGUGAGUUAAUUUAUAAGCUAUCCACUGGAAAUGCUACUCAUAGCCAAUUGGUUAAAUCCCUUCCUCGUGACCUUUCCAAAGUUAAUGAAUUUCAACAAAUUCUGGACACUGUAGCCGAAUACAUGUCUCCAUCUGGAAUCAAACAGGGAAUGUAUAAAUUGCGUUUAGAAUACUGGAAAGAAUUAGAUUUGUAUCAUCCUCGUUGGAACUCACGGGACUUGCAAGUUGCAGAAGAAAGAUACCUGAGGUUUUGUAAUGUUUCUGCAUUGACCAAUCAGCUACCAAAAUGGACGCAUAGUUACCCUCCUCUUAAUGGGAUAGCAAAAGUAGCAAUUUGUAAAACAGUUCUGCAGAUUACCCGAGCUGUUCUUUUUUAUGCACUUUUUACUGACAAGUUGAUGGCAUCACGUGCUCCUGAUGGUGUCCUUAUAACAUCAUUACACUUGCUAUCACUAGCCUUAGACAUUUCUCAAGUGCAGAUCCAGUGUGGUGAUCUAGCUAGCUCGAUUCCUCUUCUAGCUUUUGCUAGUGAGGAAAUAUCUACAGGAUUAAAUGAUGGAUAUGACAAUCAAAGCUUAUUGUCUCUUCUUGUGUCAUUAAUGAGGAUAAAUAAAAGAGAGAAUCUGUACAAUUCUAUGGAGAAUGGUGGGUUCGACCUUUCUUCUUUGAUCAAGAAUCUUCUUCAGAAGUUUGCUGAGCUGGACUCUGGAUGCCUUACAAAACUACAGAUACUAGCUCCUGAAGUUGUUAACCAGCUAUCUCAUUCGAGUGAUGCUAAUAGCAGUGCUUCUAUUUCUGAUAGUGAUAAACGGAAGGCAAAAGCACGUGAGAGACAAGCUGCAAUAAUGGAAAAAAUGAAGGCACAGCAGUCAAAGUUCAUGGAGACCAUAAACUUAGCAGGAGAAAGUGGGUUAAAUUAUUCAAAUGACACUGAAGAAUGUAUUUCUGAUGUUGCAAAUGAAUCAGAUGGACCUGACCGAGUAAUAUGCUCUCUUUGUCAUGAUGCCAGUUCCAAGUCCCCCGUUUCUUUUUUAAUUCUUCUCCAGAAAUCGAGGGUUGCGGGUUUACUUGAUAAAGGUCCCCCGUCAUGGGAAAAACAAGUUAACAGAUCUGGGAAGGACAAGGAGCAAGUCGCUCCUAGUGAUGACAUGUUGAGUAUUCAAUCUUCAAGCAGUUCGGAAACUAUAUCAUCGCCCCAGUUAAUGGAUUUGGUUCAAAAUGCAAUUAAUGAAUUUGCUUCCACUGGCCAGCCAAGAGAGGUUGAUGCAUUUCUGGAAUUUAUAAAAGUUCGUUUUCCAUCUCUGAAAAAUAUACAUUUUCCUCAAACAUCACAUGAUAGCAGUCAACCAAGCAUAUCGUUGGGUGAGGCAUUUGAAGAAAAUAUGUACACUCAGAUUCUGAAUGUUAUGGAAAUUGACUCGGUGCAGUCAGAUGUGUUGAUAAAGGCUAAGGAUAUACCAGCUUCCGAGUUUAGUUCAAGCAGUACUUCAAAUGAAUCUCUGUUGCUCGGGAAGUACAUCGCUUCUUUAUCCGAUGAAAUAUUGAAUAAUCCAUCACCCUCAGAAACUGCCGGGUCCCGCAGUAAGGCACAACCUAGUUCAGUAACUUCACAUCUUCCAUCUGAUGGUUUUGGACCUUCAGAUUGCAAUGGGAUUUAUGUUUCUUCAUGUGGGCAUGCUGUGCAUCAGGGUUGCCUUGAUCGAUAUCUAAGAUCACUGAAGGAAAGGUAUACAAGAAGACUUGAUUUUGAAGGUGGUCAUAUUGUGGAUCCAGAUCAGGGGGAGUUUUUAUGUCCUGUUUGUCGGGGACUUGCAAAUUCCGUCUUACCUGAUUUGCCUAAAGAAAGACCGAAGGACAAUGGGCCAUUAAAAAGUCUAAGCCUUUCCCCCACAGAUGCUUAUGAUGUUUCUCUCCUUAGACAAUCCCUAUCUCUUCUGCAAGCUGCAGCUGAUGUUUCUAGAAGAAAUGAGUUUCUCAAAUUAUUUCCAGUGUCUCGCAAAGGAGGACUAGGCACAAAUAUUGAAUCUGCGGUUCGUCUACUACGUGAAAUGUAUUUCCCAGGAAACGAUAAAAUCUCAGGAUCGAACCGGUUAAGUGACUCAGUGAUCAUGUGGGAUACACUCAAAUAUUCUCUUGUAUCUACAGAAAUUGCAGCUCGAUCCGAAAGGACUUCUUCAGCUACCAAUAUUAGCACAAGUGCCUUGUAUGAGGAAUUAAGAUCCUCCAGUGGUUUUAUUUUGUCCUUAUUGCUUAAAAUUGUGCACAAUAUGCGUGUCCAAAGUUCACUUGAUGUUCUCUUAAGAUUAAGGGGUAUUCAACUAUUUGCAAGGUCUAUAUGCUGUGCUGAUACUAUUAAUGAAUCACCCAGUUACGGCCACAGAGGUGGAGAAAAUAUGAUGUGCAUGUUGGAAAAUGCUGAUAAUGGCAUACAAUUUCCCGAUGUUCAAUUUUGGUCAAUGGCAUCCAAUCCUGUUCUUGCAUCUGAUGCUUUUACAACUUUAAUGUGGAUCCUCUUCUGUCUUCCGGUGCCAUUAAUGUCAUCUGAGAAAUCGUUCUUACCUCUUGUCCAUAUGUGCUAUGUUGUCUCCAUAACUCAGGCUGUAAUAACCUAUUGUGGUAGGAAUGACGGUACUGUGAAUGAUAUUGCUUGCCAUGAUUCUCUUGUCACUGACAUAUUAAAAUUUAUGGGUGAACAUAGAUUCUUAAGUCAAUAUUUUGUUUCGAGUUAUGUUGAUACUUCUAGUGAUAUAAAGGAGAUAGUUCGAAGCUUGACCUUUCCUUUUCUGAGAAGAUGUGCACUCCUUUGGAAAUUAAUGAACUCGUCAAGUUUAGUACCAUUUAGUGGGGCGCACACGAUGGACUUUGCUUAUGCCUCUGCAGAAGAGUCUGUUGAAUAUGAAGAUUUGAAGAAGCUGUUUAAGAUUCCACCAUUAGACAACAUAGUUGCUGAUGACAUGUCACGUUCUUUGGUGUUUAAAUGGUUACAUCACUUAGCUGCAAAAUAUGAAGUUCGUGCUCCUUCAGGGGUUUUGUACUCAACUCCUGUAGUCCCUUUCAAGUUGAUGGUUUUGCCUUACCUCUAUCAAGAUCUCUUGCAAAGGUACAUAAAACAGAAAUGUGUCGACUGUGGAGCUGUUCAGGAUGAACCUGCAUUAUGCUUGUUGUGUGGUAAAUUAUGCUCACCAAGCUGGAAGACAUGCUGCAGGAAUAACAAGUGCCAAACUCAUGCAAUGUCUUGUGGUGCUGGUACUGGCAUCUUUCUAUUAAUUAGGAAAACUACAAUAUUACUUCAAAGAUCUGCACGUCAGGCACGUUGGCCGUCUCCUUACCUCGAUGCAUUUGGUGAAGAGGACAUUGAAAUGAACAGGGGAAAGCCAUUAUAUUUGAAUGAGGAACGCUAUGCAUCCCUAAGCUACAUGGUUGCUUCUCAUGGACUCGAUCGGAGUUCGAAAGUGCUGCAUCAAACAUCAAUAGGUGCUUUUCUAAUGCUGUAGAUUGGAUUCAUAGUAGAUGAUCUCUACUGGAGGGGGAGUGCGGAAUUGGCGGGGAAAGAUGGAUUUUUCAUCAUGUGCAAGUCUAUUGUUUUUGGUGUAUUCCUUCCUCCAGUCUCUUCAUCAUUUUGUACAGUUAUUGUAAAUAACUAUGCAAUACUUGAGCCUUAAAUGUUUUGAGUUGAAAUUAAAACAGAUAUUAACUUCUGGUCUUGCAAGUUUUUAGCAA